AACAGCCUCUGCUGAAGGGUGGGUGGGUGGAAGAAGUUAAUUUCUGAUCCAAACGCCCGGAGGCUCCGGGGAUCAAAAAGCGGACGCGGCUUCCAAUCACGUCACUGCCGGCCUUGAUGGGCAGGCGCCUCCUCCAAUCACAGCGGCACUUGCCUUAUAUAUACCGGUUGCGAGCCCGCGCUGCCAUUCCUUCAGCAGUUCUCUGCUUGUUUGUGUUGGAAAUGGCUCGGACCAAGCAGACGGCGCGCAAGUCGACGGGCGGGAAGGCGCCCCGCAAGCAGCUGGCCACCAAGGCCGCCCGCAAGAGCGCGCCGGCCACGGGCGGCGUGAAGAAGCCGCACCGCUACCGGCCCGGCACCGUGGCCCUGCGCGAGAUCCGCCGCUACCAGAAGUCCACGGAGCUGCUGAUCCGCAAGCUGCCCUUCCAGCGCCUGGUGCGCGAGAUCGCGCAGGACUUCAAGACCGACCUGCGCUUCCAGAGCUCGGCCGUCAUGGCGCUGCAGGAGGCGUGCGAGGCCUACCUGGUGGGGCUGUUCGAGGACACCAACCUGUGCGCCAUCCACGCCAAGCGCGUCACCAUCAUGCCCAAGGACAUCCAGCUCGCGCGCCGCAUCCGCGGCGAGAGGGCGUGAGCUCUUGGCGGGCGGCAACCUGGAACCCAAAGGCUCUUUUCAGAGCCACUUCCAGCCUCACUGACAGUGGCUGUUGCACUCCUGGUUUACGCGUUAAAAACGCAAGCCCGGCGCACAAUUUAUGGAAAUAAGGCUCCCUCCAGAACGAUGGGUAUCAUUUUCCUCAGCCAAUUGGGUGUCAAGAUUGGCAAGGCCUCACGUUCAGUGUUCACAGUAUAGUAGCUAUUUAGGGAAACUAAGUUUCUUAACCAACUGUUGCUUUAAACACCAGCACUUUCAAAGGCAACUAUGUAUCUGCGUAGAUAAAGACACCGCUUGGACCCUUGUUAUCCGCGAGGAAAGAGCUAAAGUGAAGGAGCCUGUCCACAGGGGAGGAAUUAAGCCCAUCCCGUAACAAGGGGCUCAGCGCAUAGAUCUUGGCACCUCCCGUACCCACGUCUGAUAGUCACAAACAUGCUAAUUACGUCUGGGAGUCGAACCUGAAAAUACCUCUCAGGAUCUGGACAGGCAAUUUAUGCUCCCUCUCUAGCUCUACUAGAAGUUUCUCUUCCAAAGGCCCUCAACUAUUGGAGGAUAAGGCCAUGCAGGUUCCUUUCAACAAGUCUGGGAAGGAAAGGAGAAGAUGGGAUUCAGCCUCCAAAGGCUGUAGGAAAACAAAGUUGAAUUAGGGUUAAUCUGGUUUUCACUUACCUAAGUGGCCUAAAAGAGGGUUUGGAGGAAUGACAGCUCUGUGUUAGAAACUUUGAGUGUAGUGGUUUAUUAUUCACUCUGAAGGAAAAAAAAAAUCUUAUUUUAAAAAUGGAUACAGCUUAGUGGCUAGCAAUUAUAGGAAUAACUUUUAAACAUCACCUGUAAUCAGAUAAUGCAAAUCAAAACCUUGAAAUAUUGCCUAAUACCCAGUAAAUGAUCAAAAUCAGAAGUUGGGUUUGCCAAGUGUUGCAGGAGAAGUAGAGAAACGUGGUUUACUGAUGGUGGGGGCUGGGUGCAAAAUGUGAAGAGAUUAAAAUAAAAGGAUUUGGGAGUCAUUAGUAAAUAAAAGUAUUUAAAGAAAAGGAAUGCCUACAGAUCCCUCCUGGCUCUUUCCUACCUCUUUUAACCUUUAAUUUAGUGCCAGUAUCCAGUUUCGAAUCAGUUGUGUGCACACAGCACAAGCCCUGGGUCUGGCGAUGCUAAUUCUGUGCUGGAAUUCCUGUACUUUCUUUCAAUUUCUAAUUCCUUUUGCCCUCGGCCCAGAAGUUGCUUCUUACGGAUCUGACUCCUCCCUAUGUUCCCCUCGUGUCCUGUGUCUACUCUUCCUG